AUGUCUUCACAAUCCAGCGUCACGUAUCAAAGGUCACAGUUCACAGCCAUCAGCUUCUUACUCUUGAUUCUUAUUGUCGAUUAUUCGUAUUCAUUUCCAACGAUUGAUGCGUCCAAUGAUGAACUUCUUGAAAGCUAUGAAUUACCGAUGAAAAGCAAACGGCUCAGUAGACAUGCGCUCAUCAAAUUGAUUCUGCAGAGAGGCUGUCGACCAACCGAUCACUUUUGGUUUCGGUCGGUGGAUUCGAUAGUCGGUCUUCGGUGGCCACCGGCUGAAAUUCAGUGGCCAUCGAUUUUCAGUGCCAAUGACAAACACCGAACAAUGGCAGAACGUGGCUGUUGGUCGAUGGCCACCUAA